AUGUCCCAGGGCUCCCGAGUUCAAUGUCACGCUGGGCAGAAGUGGAGCAAGAGUGGAGGGACAGUGUGCCGUGUGCCGGCGGGCGGAGAUCUUUUCCGCGGCGGCGGCGAGGAGCCGGCGGGGGGCUUCGAGGACGCCGAGGGGCCCCGGCGGCAGUACGGCUUCAUGCAGAGGCAGUUCACCUCCAUGCUGCAGCCCGGGGUCAACAAAUUCUCCCUCCGCAUGUUCGGGAGCCAGAAGGCGGUGGAGAAGGAGCAGGAAAGGGUUAAAACUGCAGGCUUCUGGAUUAUCCACCCUUACAGCGAUUUCAGGUUUUAUUGGGAUUUAAUAAUGCUUAUAAUGAUGGUUGGAAAUCUGGUCAUCAUACCAGUUGGAAUCACAUUCUUUACAGAACAAACAACAACACCAUGGAUUAUUUUCAACGUGGCUUCAGAUACAGUUUUCCUUUUGGACUUGAUCAUGAAUUUUAGGACUGGGACUGUCAAUGAAGACAGUUCUGAAAUCAUCCUGGACCCUAAAGUGAUCAAGAUGAAUUAUUUAAAAAGCUGGUUUGUGGUUGACUUCAUUUCAUCGAUCCCAGUGGAUUAUAUCUUUCUCAUUGUAGAAAAAGGAAUGGAUUCAGAAGUUUACAAGACAGCCAGGGCACUUCGAAUUGUGAGGUUUACAAAAAUUCUCAGUCUGUUGCGUUUAUUACGACUUUCAAGGUUAAUUAGAUACAUACAUCAGUGGGAAGAGAUUUUCCACAUGACGUAUGAUCUCGCCAGUGCGGUGGUGAGAAUUUUUAAUCUCAUUGGCAUGAUGCUGCUUCUGUGCCACUGGGACGGCUGCCUCCAGUUCUUAGUACCACUUCUGCAGGAUUUCCCACCAGAUUGCUGGGUGUCUCUAAAUGAAAUGGUGAAUGAUUCUUGGGGAAAGCAGUAUUCAUAUGCACUCUUCAAAGCCAUGAGCCACAUGCUGUGUAUCGGGUACGGAGCCCAGGCCCCGGUCAGCAUGUCUGACCUCUGGAUCACCAUGCUGAGCAUGAUCGUCGGGGCUACCUGUUACGCCAUGUUUGUGGGCCAUGCCACAGCUUUAAUCCAGUCUUUGGAUUCCUCAAGGCGGCAAUAUCAAGAAAAGUAUAAGCAAGUGGAGCAAUACAUGUCAUUCCAUAAGUUACCAGCUGAUAUGCGUCAGAAGAUACAUGAUUACUAUGAACACAGAUACCAAGGCAAAAUCUUUGAUGAGGAAAAUAUUCUCAACGAACUUAAUGAUCCUCUGAGAGAGGAGAUAGUCAACUUCAACUGUCGGAAACUAGUGGCUACAAUGCCUCUUUUUGCUAACGCGGAUCCUAAUUUUGUGACUGCCAUGCUGAGCAAGUUGAGAUUUGAAGUGUUUCAACCUGGAGAUUAUAUCAUACGAGAAGGAGCCGUGGGUAAAAAAAUGUAUUUCAUUCAACAUGGUGUUGCUGGUGUCAUCACAAAGUCCAGUAAAGAAAUGAAGCUGACGGAUGGUUCUUACUUUGGAGAGAUUUGCCUGCUGACCAAGGGACGCCGCACUGCCAGUGUUCGAGCUGAUACGUAUUGUCGUCUUUAUUCACUUUCUGUGGACAAUUUCAAUGAGGUCCUGGAGGAAUACCCAAUGAUGAGAAGAGCCUUUGAGACGGUUGCCAUCGACCGGCUAGAUCGGAUAGGAAAGAAAAAUUCAAUUCUUCUGCAAAAGUUCCAGAAGGAUCUUAACACUGGUGUUUUCAACAACCAGGAGAACGAGAUCCUGAAGCAGAUUGUGAAACACGACAGGGAGAUGGUGCAAGCAAUCGCUCCAAUCAAUUAUCCACAGAUGACAGCCCUGAAUUCCACAUCUUCAGCUACUACGCCGACCUCCCGCAUGAGGACACAAUCACCGCCGGUGUACACAGCAACCAGUCUGUCUCAUAGCAACCUGCAUUCCCCCAGUCCCAGCACACAGACGCCCCAACCGUCAGCCAUCCUCUCACCCUGCUCUUAUACCACUGCGGUCUGCAGCCCUCCUGUACAGAGCCCACUGGCCACUCGAACUUUCCACUAUGCCUCUCCCACUACUUCCCAGUUGUCACUCAUGCAGCAGCAGCAGCAGCAGCAGCAGCAGCAGCAGCAGCAGCAGCAGCAAUUACAGCAGUCCCAGCCACCGCAGACCCAGCAGCAGCCCCAACAGCCACAGACACCCAGCAGCUCCACGCCGAAAAACGAAGUGCACAAGAGCACUCAGGCUCUGCAUAACACCAGCCUGACCCGAGAAGUCAGGCCCCUCUCAGCCUCGCAGCCCUCGCUGCCUCAUGAGGUUUCCACCUUGAUUUCCAGACCUCAUCCCACUGUGGGCGAGUCCCUGGCCUCCAUCCCUCAACCCGUGACAGCCGUUCACGGCACAGGCCUUCAGGCAGGGAGCAGGGGCACUGUCCCCCAGAGAGUCACCCUGUUCCGACAGAUGUCAUCAGGAGCCAUCCCCCCCAACCGUGGAGUCCCUCCUGCACCUCCUCCACCAGCAGCUGCUCUUCAGAGAGAGUCUUCCUCAGUCUUAAAUACAGACCCAGAUGCAGAAAAGCCACGAUUUGCUUCAAAUUUAUGA